UGGUCUGUAUCAUUGUGCUAGUUUCUCUCUUUUUUUCUUUGCAUACUUGCUGGGCCAUGCCGAGCCUUCUGAGCUGAAUAAACUUUAAGAGAUUUUUCAUUCAAAUUUGAUUAGUCGCCAGGUAAAGACGUGAAUAACUUUAAGUGCUAUAAGUAAACCUUCCACGAAACAUCGAUAACCAAAUAUUUGAUUUGAAUACCUUAAACAAGUGUUACUAGGUCGAGUUGUGGUCGCCAGGAAUAUCGAUGAGCUAACAGUAAAUACCAAAGGAAAGAAGAGAAAAAUAAAUAGUGAAGUGUGAUAAUCAAUUUAUUUAAAUCUGAAAUCGAAAGUGUUGUGAAGGUCGUAAGAAAUAAAGAAAGGAAAAAAAGAAUUUAAAGUGAAACAUAAAAAGAAGAAGAAAAAAUGAAAUUUAAAAGCUUCAUUCUGCCGUGCUGCUUCUUGAACUACAUUCUUAUCAUAUUUUUAAUUGGAAUCGUCGAUGGACCGUCAAAGGCUGUUGCGCACCUUCAGCCUUCGUUUGAGCUGCCAGUUCAAUUAAUUGGAUUUCCUGUGAUAGUUCUGUCAGUUAGAUUCGCAAACUUUGUUAAAAAACUUGCGUAUUCAAUUAAUCCACGCACUUACAUGGGUAGAAGUCGUCGACAAGCAAACAAUUACAAUGAUGGUGACAUCUCCAUUUCGGCAAUCAACGUGGCACAAGCUGAACGUCAAAUAUUAGCCGAGUUUGGACCAAAAGCUUGCAUUCUUGAAGAGCCUUGCAGAAUUCAUGCAACAAGAAAGGCAAAACGCGGUGCACAACCUGAUUGGAGUGAUAUUUUGAGUCAUUACAAAGUGCAAUCAAAUGGAAUGAAACAAUGGUACUUGCUGUCAGUUUUCAUCGGUGAUGAGAUUCGAGAUCCAGCAUUGUGCAAACAACUUUCAAAGCGAAUGGCAUGUAAUCGAAACAUCAAAGUUCCAAUUAGAGACUAGAGAGCGAAGCACUCUUUUCAUCAUUUUUAAUUUAUUUAUUUGUCGACAUUUUUAUAACGAAGCGACAUCUUUUUGACAUUGAAUCAACGCGCUGAACUUAAUUGAGUGUGAUUGAAGGUUGUUUGACUGUUUAGGAAGUGGAAGGAAAGAAUUUGUUUCGUCUUUGGAAUUCAAAUGGGGUACAAAAAUAUUUGCAAACACAAAUGCAGAUCAACUUUCUUUCUCACUUAAUUAAGUUGUUAGUAAUAAAAGCCCAACAAAUUAUUUUUCGAAUAAGGAAACUAGUCAAACGCGAAUGAUUUCUUAGAAUGGGAGAAGCAGUUAACAGCGGAACGAUCAGUUUUAUGCUCACGAUUCGGAAAACGAGACUAUCUCAAUUUUUCACAGCUUAAAAGAACUUCGUUUGACUUACAUACUGAAAUUAAUUUUUUGAUAAUAUUUUCCGGCAUUUUAGUUUUCGACAUUUGUUUGUAUGAGAGAAGUCAAAAUUUUUCUAUGAAAAAUAUAAAAGAAAUUGCACUUUUAAAUGACUCGAUGAUAGAUUAAGGAGAUUUAAUGUUGUUACUUUAUAUUCUAAGAUUAAUUCCAUAGAAUUUAAUAAAAAAUGAAG